AUGCACUGUAUACGCAUUCGAAUCGUCAUUACAAACUCGCAGCUUGCUCUGCAGGAACGGUUUCACGGCACUAGCAAAGUCCUUGGUCUCAGCUUGCGCCUCCGUUGA